AUGGCGUCGCCGUGGGUCUCCUUCCUCGAGCUCUGCCUCUCCUUCCUCUGCUUCGUGGUCUUCUACUACUUCCACAUCAGAUCCAAGCGGAAGAACCCUGCCAUCCCGCUGGACUGGCCGUUGGUGGGCAUGCUCCCGGCCCUCCUCGGCAACCUCCACCACCUCCACGACUGGAUCACCUCCCUCCUGGUAGCCAGCCCGCUCAACUUCCUCUUCACCGGCCCGCCGCGCUCCGGCAUGCAGUUCUUCGUCACCGCCGACCCUGCCAACGUUCGCCACGUCUUCACCUCCAACUUCGCCAACUACCCCAAGGGCCCCGAGUUCGAGGAGAUCUUCGACGUCCUCGGCGGCGGCAUCUUCAACGCGGACGGCGAGUCGUGGCGCCGCCAGCGCGCCAAGGCGCAGCUGCUCAUGUCCAGCGCCUCGUUCCGGGCCUUCGUGUCCCGGUACAGCCGCGCCAAGGUGGACACCGCCCUGCUCCCGCUGCUCUCCCACUUCGCUAGCACAGGGAAGGCGUUCGAUCUCCAGGACGUGUUCCUCCGGCUGACGUUCGAUACCACGACGACGCUGGUGUUCGGCGUCGACCCCGGGUGCCUGUCCGUCGGCCUGCCGGAGGUGCCGUUCGCGCGCGCCAUGGACGACGCCAUGAACGUGCUCCUCCUCCGCCACGUCGUCCCGAUGACGUGGUGGAAGCUGGCGAGGAGGCUCCGGAUCGGGCACGAGCGCAAGAUGGCGGAGGCGUGGCGCACCAUCGACCAGUUCGUCGCCGACACGAUCGCCAAGCGGCGCGCCGAGAAGGCAAGGCACGGCAUCAGGGACUCGGCGGACCUGCUGUCGUCCUACAUAAACGACGACGAGGACACUGCGGUGGAUAAGUUCCUGCGCGACACGACCAUCAACCUCAUGCUGGCCGGCCGCGACACGACGGGCUCGGCGCUGUCCUGGUUCUUCUACCUCCUGACGCGGAACCCGCGCGUGGUGGCCAAGAUACGGCAGGAGCUGGAGUCCGUCAAGAGCAAGAGCAGCACCGCUGACGCGGACGGCGGCGGCAUGGUGACCUUCGACGACCCGGACGAGCUGAGCCGGCUGACGUACCUGCACGCGGCGCUGUGCGAGUCGCUGAGGCUGUACCCGCCGGUGCCGCAGGAGCUGAAGGAGGCGGCGGCGGCGGACGUGCUGCCGAGCGGGUACGAGGUGCGGCCCGGGGACAAGAUCCUGGUGUGGCUGUACGCGAUGGGGAGGAUGGAGGACGUGUGGGGCAGCGACUGCCGGGAGUUCAGGCCGGAGCGGUGGAUUGCGGAGGACGGCAGGGUGCGGUACGUGCCGUCGUACAGGUUCAUGUCCUUCAACUCGGGGCCCCGGACCUGCCUCGGCAAGGACAUGGCGUUCGUGCAGCUCAAGGCGGCGGCGGCCGCCGUGGUCAGCAACUUCGACGUGGAGGCAGUGCCGGGGCACGUCGUGGAGCCCAAGCUGUCCAUCAUACUUCACAUGAAGAAUGGCUUCAUGGCAACGGUCAAGAGAAGGCGCCUGGCGCUUGCUUAG